GCGGCGAGAGGUCCGCACUCCGCGGAGUCGUGCGUUACGUUUGGUACGCGUCAACAUCAUCAGCUGUUGUUUCGCUCUUCCAUGAAAUGACAGUUUCGUGGAGGUUCAUAAUGUGGAAAUCAUUUUCGUGAGGAUGUUUCGUGUACUGCAGAGGCGAGCCGUAUGUGAUCUUUAUUUCUGAGAAAAAUGAACGGGAGCCUGGGAAUAAUGCGCGGACCAGAGCAACAUCCACAAAGGUUCGCAGAUUAUUUUGUCAUAUGCGGACUGGAUAAAGAUUCGGGUUUGGAACCAGACAAAUAUUUCGGGGACUCUUUGCAAUGUACUCCUUUGGACCGAGCAUACAAAAGCAAAGUUUUAGGACAUUAUCCGGUCUCUGUACCAUGGAACCCUUUCGACGAACACGCUGUCUGCAUGCUCUGCUUACCGAGCGGCCUGAGAUUCCGAACACAGAAACACUCUGUAGAACCGACGUUCCACUCGUUCGUACUUACCAAGGAAGACGGUCACAGAACGUACGGGUUCAGCCUUGUUUUCUACGAGGAGUGCCGGAAUCGAAAGAUAUGCGCGGCUAUGCAAACCCUGCAGGCGAUGCAUAUCACGGAACUGAGCAGCGGUCAAAACGGUACACCACCAACGGUAAGGAAAGGCCAGGAUGGACAUAACACGCGAUCGUUGCCACGGCAUUUCAAGCUAUCAGCGCAUUCACCGAGCGCUGCGUUAGGCUACUAUGACUCUACCAAAGACAAGCUGCUAGUGACUAAAUCGAUAUCUUUGCUAUGCCAGCAGCCUUACCUUCAUGCCGCGAAAACGUUCCUCACUAAUCUCUACAAAUGUGUUCCUAGACAUCCAGGACCUGGUCUUAGUUUAGAAUCCUACGUAUACAGUCUCCUUUACAACGUACCGGUACCAUUGCCUGGAAAGUCGUUAAAGUUCUUUGUUCCCAACGAUGAACCGGCAAAAUCACCAUUGGAAUUGGUGAUACAUCAGCCAACACCAUCGCAGGAGUUACCGAUGUUAGAUUACCCCCUGAAAGAUAUGUUCACAUGGCUUGGCGCUGAUUGCGUUAUUCAGUUGUUCACGUGUGUGUUAUUGGAGAAUCAAGUGUUGCUUAGGAGCUCAGAUUUCCAUAAGUUGAUGGUGGUGUCCGAGUGUAUAACAGCGCUUCUCUUUCCAUUUUCUUGGCAACAUGUAUACGUGCCGAUAUUGCCCGCCAGUUUACAUCAUUUCUUGGACGCGCCUGUGCCAUUUAUAAUGGGCUUGCACGCGCAAAGCGAGGGCGGUGUACUGAAAAUUGCUAGCGAAGCAAAUCUUUGUUAUGUAGAUAUAGAUAAGCAAAGUAGUCAAUUUCCAGAAGAGUUACCCGUAUUUCCUCAUAAGAUGCAAUUCAUUUCUGAAAUUAGAGCUCUCUUAAACAAGUACAAAGUACCACUUACAGGAAAGACUGAUAAUAUGGUCAUAAAUCAUUAUAACGGCGACAUCAUGACAAGUAGUUUGACGCUUCCUGGUUCUGGAUUCCAUCUUCCUCGAAGAAAACAUUCGUUACAUGACGUAUUGGAUUGGGAUCGGCCGGAACCGACUCCGCAAUCGGACACUUUGCAGAGGAUAGUAGAUAUCGUUAAAAGGACAGGGGUAAACGUAGAAGAUAUUGAGUCGGUUGAAGAUAAUAAUGUUAAGGAACAAAUACUCACGCCUCAGGAAGAGUACCAGGAGAUGCUUAUGUUCAAUAAUGCCAUUAGAGAGAUUUUUUUGAAUCGUUUUGUACAGAUUUUUUCUAGCUAUGAACAUUUCGUUAUUCAGCCAAGCCAGGAUAAGGACGAGUGGCUAAAUAACAGGGAUAGUAUGCAUGUUUUUGAUAAAGCCACAUUUUUAUCCGAUCAACCCACGCAGCAUUUGCCAUUUCUGUCGAGAUUCCUGGAAACACAAAUGUUUGCUUCUCUGGUCGAUAGCAAAGUUAUGUCAACGUGGAGUGAGUUAGACUUCAACAUACGGGUUUUUGAUCAAAGAAUUUCUCUCUUAAGAAAAAAAGUUGGCGAGGGUAUCAUACGGUCAACACGUUACGAGCCGUGUUCUAGUAUAGAAGAGUCCCAGAAAGUUUUGGAGCAAAGAUUAACGAAUGUGGAUUUUGAAACAAACCCACCCACAGAGAUUCUUCCUCAUAGAGCGGCGUAUUUUAGAAGUUUCCCGCUGCUAGACAUCGUUGCUUUAAACAAGGAACCGGCUCAAAGUAGUCGAAGAGGACAGACUCAAUGGAAGUAUAAAAUGAAAUCUAUGGACUCGAACGGUAAAACAACGGCACCUCAAGAAACUCAAUCGCCUCGACCACAAACCAAGCUCUCAGCAGACAUGAGUCCAGCCUUGAUAGCGCAAGCUAACUGGACGUUUGUUGAAAAAUUGCUCAAGGAUUGCAAGUCAAAAACAAAAAGAAUGUUAGUAGAGAAGAUGGGUUCUGAAGCUGUUGCAUUAGGUCAUGGUGGAGAAUCGUUAUCCGACGUGGAAGAAAAUACGUUGGUCGCCAGUUUGUGUGAUCUUUUGGAACGAGUUUGGAGUCACGGAUUGCAAAAUAAGCAAGGAAAAAGCGCUCUUUGGUCACACCUUACCAUGUAUCAAGCACUGGAAGAGUGUAACGAUCCGAGUAAACCCAUAGAUCCUAAUUUUCUUUCUCCUGCCAAGAAAUCUACAAAUAGUUUUUUUGGAUUACCGGACCGUUUAAUUUCCACCUUAAAGGGCAGAAAUAUUUUUGAAAUUGCUUCUUAUAUCAAGGAGAAUUUUAAUGAUCUACCAAAUUUGGCAUUGGAAAUUGAUUCACCUACACGUGGGACAGAUAAACAUAAAUCUCCUGGAGAUAGGAAAAUUGGUCCUGAACAUCUGAGGCCUUUACCUGACUCUUUGCUUUUUGAUAUCCGAAACGUGCAAGCCAUGACCGAUAUCAAAACCCACAUUGGAUAUGCUAGAGCUUGGGUUCGAUUGGCACUUGAGAAGAAACUCCUUUCUCGUCAUUUGAAAACUCUGUUGUCAGAUACCAGGUUAUUAAGAAGUCAAUACAAGCGUUCUGCUUUUUUACGUUGUGAAGAAGAAAAGGAACAGUUUCUUUAUCAUCUUCUGACAUUGAAUGCAGUUGAUUAUUUCUGUUUCACUAAUAAUUAUCCGACCACGAAACUGCCAUAUAGGGUGGUUAUAUUUCCUAGUCGAAAAGCAAGUGCAGCUACCACUUCAGCUAACAGUUGGAUUGCUAUCUCAGGCACUUUGUGUGAAACAAACCCUGUUCCGAUUCCUAAGGGAGCAUUGGAAUUUGUGUUUCAUCACAAAAAUUUGGGAGUACUUUCUACAUUACGUAUAGGUCAUGACAAUACAGGUCUUUCACCUAAAUGGAUGGUGGAACAUGUUGUAGUAAGAAACGAAGUCACAGGGCAUACGUUCAAAUUUCCUUGUGGUAGAUGGCUUGGUAGAGGCAUUGAUGAUGGUUCUACCGAAAGGUUAUUAGUAGGUGCUCUAGUACCUCGUAGUAUUGAUAGUGAAGAAUUAGUUGAGACAUGUUCAACACCACCAAGAUGUAGAUCUCCUAGUAUACCUAGACGUCCAAUAUUAUCUCAAGUUGAAUUGCAACAUAUGUUGGGCGAAUCUGUAAACGCAAUUGUCAAAUUUCACUAUAGAAGAGAAUGUCAAGACGGUUCCUUGACAGCAUUGCUUUGUGGCGAGGGAGGUCUUGUACCAUCGUUAGAACAAAUAUUUUUAUUUGGAUUUAAAAAUCAAAGGAUAUUUGGGAGGAACUUCUAUGUGUGGGAUUAUCUUUUACGCGUGAAGGAAAACUUCGAAAUAUUUUUGUUGGAGGAAAUGGACGAAUAUUCUCAAAGAUUGAACCGAGAUAGGAGAGUUCAUUCAGCGAACAAUCAAAGAUUUACAACUCUAAGAUGUUACUCUCACCUUAUCGAUCAGAUUAACAUGUUCAGUCAAACUCUUGGGAAAGAUGGGAAGUUUCAGCUGUUCAUUUGCUUAGCAGCGAGAGAGCAGCUCCUUCAUUUAAUGCUUCGACCCAUGAGCGAAGCCCGUUCUACGGCGGAUAUGUAUGAAGAAAAUUCCUUUUUAAGGAAUGCGACAUUAUUGAAUUUCCUCAUUCAUAUUCUUGAACCAUUAAGCGAGUUUCACAUUGUUCUUGAAAAGAGUUUAACUCAUGGGAUUUCUAGUAUAUGUUAAUUUAUCAUAAACAUUCCAGGCGACUAGGAUAUGUUUCUUCGAAGCGGCACAAUUUACCAAAUUCUAAAUAAUAUGAAACGAAGAAAAGAUGAGCAUUAUGAUAUU